AAAUUCACAUGUAUGGAAUUUAAAAUUUCAUUCAGAUUUCAGAAUCAUCAAUCAGUAUUUCUGAAUUUCUGAUUAGGUUUUCGUAAUUUUAAUUAUUUUUAUUUUAAUAUAAAAAAUAAAUGAAUAUUUAAACGUAUGUUCAUUUUAAUUAAUUCUGUAAGGUUUGAGAUUUUUUUAUAACUAAUUUGUGCAAGAACCAAGAUGAGUUACAGGGAUUCCUUUUCACUAUACCCGAGAUAUCAUACAUACAGUACUUCUAAAGACCUGCGUGUAGGAUCUCAUCUAAGAAGUCCAACGAUGUAUGGGGGAUCCCAAUCAUCUGUCUUGAGCUCCUUAUCAACAUACAGAUCUAGUGGCUUGGAUGGGGUUUCCUACACACCCACACCUGAUUUAAAUGAAGUGUAUCCAGGAUUGUUUGUUGGAGAUGCGGUGGCUGCAAAAGACAAAGCAUUUUUAAGGCGAAUGGGUAUUAACUAUGUAUUAAAUACUGCUGAAGGAAAGCGCUACACACAAGUAGACACGGAUCAUUUGUAUUAUCGAGAUUGUCCUGGUCUGCGCUAUAAAGGCUUUCAACUCAUGGAUCUUCCAUCUACUGAUAUAUCAAAGUACUUUCAUAUUGCUGCAAAUUUUAUUGAUGAAGGAGUAUCAAGAGGGGGUCGUGUGUUGGUACAUUGCUUUAUGGGAGUAUCACGCUCAGCCACAUGUGCUCUUGCUUUCCUCAUGAUCAAGAGAGGUAUGACUUUGGCCGAAGCUUUAGCUUUGGUUCGUUCUCGUCGUGAUAUUCAUCCCAAUGAAGGGUUUAUUCGUCAAUUGAGGGACCUUGACAGGGAAUUGCGUGUAUGUAGAAUUCGCUGACAGCACACCCCACUUGAACCAGUUCUCAGUCUACCAUACAACUUUAGCUCACAACAUCUUCGUGUACGCAGCUUAGACAGAACUUAUCGAAGUCGCUAUCAUUGAUAAUGAGACAGAGAACAAUAAAGUUUGUGACAACUGUUUGAACUUUAAAAAAAAUUAGUACCAUAGUUUUAAGUACUAACACAGAAUGUAGAUAGGAUAGCAAUGUGUUUGUUUACGAAAGUAGGUAUAGAUAAAGAGUAUAAUUUUUUAUCCAUCCAAUCAAUUUGACUUGGUGGGUUAUUGUGGGGAUUUAAGGAAAGUUUAAAAAAUUAUUUAUCACUUUGAAAAAAAAUUGUUGAUACCAUACAAACUUGUACUAACAGGUCAUUUGUAAAACAGUACUUAAUUAGCCAAAAAUUAAAUUGAUAUGUUACAAGGUUUAUAAAAUACAUAGUAUUCUAUUCAACUAUAGUACAAUUGCCUAGCCUUAAAUGUAAAAAGAGGAUAGUAUUUUCACAAUAAUAUAAUUGUUAUUUAAUUAAUGAAAUAAAUACAAUACAACAGAAAUCAUUAAUUGGACUAUCCACUUAAUGGAUUUCUGUUUAAAAUUAAAUUAAAAUAUAAAAUUGGACAUACACAUUCAAUCAUGUAGACUACAUGAUGUAGUGUAAGAAUUUAAAGACUGGCAUUAAUGAUUGUGGCUUGAAAAGAUCUUGGAUGAUUUAUGCUUUUUAGAAAUAUGCAUGCCGACUGUUGAGGUAGCAUGAAUGUCAUUGCCCUUUAAACAUUAUGUCAAGGUGUAAAAUUGGGCAUGUUGCCAACAUGACAUCAUUAUAUUUUGUGAAGAUGCCGUUCUUGAAAUUAUUCUAUUUUUAAAUUAGAUUUCACUAACAACAUUCACUGAAAUAAAUAUAAGUGAUGAGUUAGUAACUUAUGUUUGUUUUUCUAAUUAAGUAACAUGAUUUGAUUGUUAGAAUAAACAAAACUAAUAACAAAAUGUAUUUAAUACAUUAUAUUGAUAAAUUCCUUUUCCAUAGGAAAAGAUGAAUCUUAAAAUGGAUGUUAUUUAUUUUUUUAAUUGUUAACAUUGUGAUAUUUCACAUAAUGUAUUAGAAAAAUAGAAUUUUCUGUAGUACUAGUAAUUUAUGCUUUUAUUUAUUUAGACUUGCUAGAAAUUAUCUGAAAUGUUGAUUAACAACUUAUCUUUUGUAUGGUUUUAUAGAUCUAUACUAGUUUGAGCACUAAUUAAGUUAGGUACACAACCUUGUAUAUCCAUUAAGGAUACAAAAUUCUUUUUAACAUAAAAGAAACUGUGAUAAACCACCAAAAAUAUUUUAGAAAACUAGCUAGAUGUUAUUUAAAUAAUCACCAGUUGUAAACGGACUAGUCUUAUUUUAAACAAUACAUAUAUAAUAUAUUGAUAUGUUACCAGUAACUUAACCAUUUAUUAAAUAGUUAUAUUUAUAUUAUGUAAGUAUAUGUAUAUUUACAUUAUGAAAUAUAUAAAAAAUUAUAAAACACAAUGCUUUAGGAGCUAAGCUAAGGAUGUUCAUGCAUUAAAUUAUUUCAUUUACUUAGUAACUUCAUGAAAAUUAUGUAUAUAUGUUGUUAUUUAGAGACAAAAUUAGUUUUUCUAACCAUGUUACUCUACAUGUGGCAAAGAAUUUAGUGCAGAAUAUUAAUAAUAAAUUAGAUUGUUUGUAAUAACCCUGUAUAAUUAUGAUCCUUUCUAUAUAUAUUUAUAAUGUGUGCUUUUAAAAGAUUGUUAUGAUGUAUUAAAUUUUAAUUGAAUAAAAAUAGAAAUAAUC